CUCAUAUAUGUAUGUGCUUCUUAGUAAAUGCUGUCAGUGGAAAUUUUUAAGUACUUUAAUUUUAAGAAAUCUGUUUUAAUUGGAAGGCCCUACAGAAUGGGAUGUCUGUGCUUGAGGAAGUUCGCCUCGUAUCCCUCAGUUCCACAGGACAUUAUGAACAACCUCAAGAUGAAUACAGCACUAAGUCGUAGUCAGAUCAAGUAUCUGUAUAUUCGAUUCUACCAGUUUUCAGGUGGAGGCAAAGAUCCGCCAAGUCAUCUGCACAAGUACAAUUUCUAUUCAGGACUACUGCAACUAAACCCCUUACUGCCAACCAUAUUGAACUCCAUGUUCGGGGAUAAAGUGACAAUUACCUUUGUGGAUUUCGCUCUGUUUCUGAGCACCUUUCAGGCCCAUUCUCUUAAAACCUCCAAUGAGCUUAAAAAUGUGAUGAUGGACAAGAAGUUAAGGUUAAUUUUCAACAUGUACGAUAACAACAAGGACGGUCGUAUUACAAAGUAUGACUUAGUUGUAGUUGUCCACAAGCUGUUUUCAAAUCUAUUGGAUCACGUGCAGAUCAUGCGCAUUGUGGAUACCAUGAUGAAGGAAAUGGAUCAUACGGAUUCGAACCAAAUAAUGUUCCAAGACUUCUGCAAAGCAUUUGCAGUUUUCGAUAUGACCGAAAUGGUGGUCACCUGGAUACCCGAAUACCAUGGUCGAACCACAGAUGAUUUGCAAUAAGUAAUUCGUUUAUUUAUUCCACUGCACACAAAUUUGAAAAUUAAAUGUACACAUGAUUUAGCCGCUGAGAGCCGUCAAAACCUGCGUUAAGAGUUUAAGAACAUUAACCAGGGCGGGACUCAACAAUGUUAACAAAUUAAGGUCCCCAGAUGAAAGACUUGAAAGUGCGCUCGAUAAACUGGACAAAAGGGAGUUGUUUACACAUGUGGUCCCAGUAGUGCCAGUUGUAGAAUCAAGGAGUCCAGCAGCUUUAGAUGUACGUAUUAUUUGCAGAAUCAAGAUCUUU